GGCCAACGAGCAGGACUGGGGUGGGGCCUGAUUCUCAUCACCGGGGGCAUCGUGGCCACAGCCGGGCGCUUCACCCAGUGGUACUUUGGUGCCUACUCCAUCGCGGCCGGGGCACUGGUGUGCCUGCUGGAAUACCCCCGCGGGAAGCGACAAAAGGGCUCUACCAUGGAGCGGUGUGGACAGAAGUACGUGACCGCCGUGGUGAAGCUGCUGGGGCCACUCACCAGGAACUACUACGUUCGGGCUGUCCUGCACCUCCUGCUGUCAGUGCCCGCCGGCUUCCUGCUGGCCACCAUCUUGGGGACCGCCUGCCUGGCCAUCGCGAGCGGCAUCUACCUGCUGGCGGCCAUCCGUGGCGAGCAGUGGACCCCCAUCGAGCCCAAGCCCAAGGAGCGGCCACAGGUCGGAGGCACCAUCAAGCAGCCACCCAGCAACCCCCCGCCCCGGCCCCCGGCCGAGGCCCGCAAGAAGCCGAGCGAGGAAGAGGAGGCGGCGGCGGGCCCCUCGGGAGGCCCCCAGGUCAAUCCCAUCCCUGUGACCGAUGAGGUCGUGUGACCCGCAGGGGCCCCGGCUCUCUGGCCUGCGCUCCCCCGCGCGGCCAGCAGAGGGCGCUCACCCUCAAUAAACGCAGAGAACCGUG